UCUAUCGACCAACAGCUCAACAGCCUCCCCAAAUUCCGUAAACAUCCCGACGUCACUUCCGCUUACAUACGCAUGAAAAACAAAGCAAACGUUGAAUUUUAUUUCGUAUAAAGCGCUCUUUCCAUUCUAUAUUCUUGUGCUCAUCAGUAUUGAAGUGCAGAGAGGCGCUUUCUAAAGCACGGCUGUAUUAAUAUCCUCAGUAAUGAAGGACCCGAGUGCAGAGACUGAGGUGAUGGAGGAAGCACCUGCUGACCCUAACAAUGAAGAACUUCCACCUUACCUGCGUGAAGAGCCACCUGAGGACUUGGAGAAAGAACACCCUAAGAAUGAAGCAGGCGUGGUGUGGAGAGUGACAGGCGGGCUGUUCAACCUCACCAGAGGAGCGGUGGGUGCCACCCUUGGGGGAGUGGCCUGGGUAGGAAGCAAGAGCUUUGAGCUGACCAAGACGGCAGUGACAAGCGUUCCCGCAGCUGGAGUGGGAUUGGUCAAAGGCGGCGUCUCCGUGGUAACGGGAGGGGUUGGGGCAGUGGGGUCUGCAGUAGCUGGUAAAGUUACACCAAAGAAAAAAGACAAGUCGGAUUAGACUGCCUCACUCGCUUCCAUCCUUUGUCCGAUUCGGUGUGUCUUUCUGGAUUGCUCUCACUUUCAAGAGGGUUGAAGCAGGUGGAAGCUUCAUUCAGCCCAUGGGAAGAUUACUGUUUUGUGUUUACCAAAUAAAACCAUACUUUAAGUUAAUGUAAAAAACAGCAACACGUUAUAUAAACACACUUUGACUGCUACUGCAGAGGUACAUGAGAUAAUUGGGAUCUUACGCCUUUUGUGUGCUUAUAUGUUUGUGUGUAUUUUUGACUGUCGGCUGAAUCUUAUUAGUGCGGCGAAAACUAGCUUUGCGACAAAGACAGAUCAAAUGCUGAUAUCAGACAUCUCUUUCAUGAAAUUGUCCACUUUUUACACAAGAAGUGUUGUAUCAGCAGCUAUUCUUAAAAGGAAAACUUGGUUUAAUUUAAUAUUUCUUUAAUAUCAGUUCUCGUGCACACAAAAUUUGCUCUAAUUUCUGUAUAAAACAUCCAUAAAGAUUCAAGUAUGUAUGAUUGUUCCUCGAAUAUGUUGAUCUUGUUUCAAGCCCAUCUUUGAACAAAAUACUGUGAGGACUUGGAAAUUAAGUUGAAGUAUUAUUAUUUAAUGAAUUAAUUUAAUACACAUGACACUAGAAUACCUUCAUCUUCUGAUAAUGUUAGGUUUAAACUACAUAUUCUCACAUGUUCUUCGCUUUAGUGUUACCGACCACAAUAUGUUUUCACAGUUCGUUCUAUUAUUAUCAUCAUCACGUUCUCACACGUCAUUGGCAUAGAUUACAUUAAUGCAGAGUCUCCAGUGUAAACACUCCACUUUGUAAGACAAUGUUUGAGCUGUUGAAAUUGAUUCUGUAGCCAGGAAACCAGUGGCCGGAGUUAAGAAAAGAAUUGACUUGCAUCUUAAAACGACACAGGGAAACCGAAACUACACAUUUAUUCCAGUCUAAAAUACUUUUGAGCAUCAUUCACACUUCAUUUUCUCCUUGCGAAGCAUCGCUUGUAGUACAGUUGAGAUGAUGUUUUAUUGGUGGUACAUGUGCCUGAACGUCUUGCGAGUUUUAAAAGCUCACUGUGGAUUGUUUAGUGUUUCAGAACAGUGCAAAGUAACCACCGAUGUA